AUGGGGACACCCUGGGGAAGCAGUAAUGGCGACGGCAGGAACUUGAUCCGGUGGAUCGGGACUCUCGCCGGCGCGGUCGAUGCAGGGCCGGAGCUGACCGGCGAUGGCUGCUGCAGCGGAGCGCCGGGCGUGGCGGAGGCCGCCAGGAGCGGCGGCUGCCACUGUAGCCAGGGCGGGGCGGUGGUGGCGGUGGAUGGCAGCUGCAACGGUUGCUGCAGCGGCCCAGCCAGCGCGGCGGGGACACCCUGGGGCAGCGGCAGCGGCUGCUGUGGCGGAGUGCCAGGCUUGGCACAGGCCGCCAGGAGCGGCGGCUGCUACUGCAGCCAGGGCGGGGCGGUGGAUGGCAACUGCAGCGGCCCGACGAGUGCGGCGGAGGUCCCCUGGUGCAGCGGCUGCCACAACAGCCACAACGGCACGAUGGCGGCGAUCAGCGGCGCAGCCGGGUGCAGCCCGUAG